CUAUUCUCCAAGAAGAGCUUCCAGCUUCUCCUCGAGCUCUUCUUCCACAACUAAAUCGUACGAUAAUUACUUGUACCCAUAAGUAGCCGCUACUAAUCACUACUUUCCUUCCCCGCCUUCCGGUCCCGUGCGUUUCCUUCCAUUUUGUUCCUUCUCCUCGAUCCGGACUGCUCUCCUCCCUCGCAAUGGAGUGCGAGAACGGGCUCGUGGGCUCCCUCAACGGCGAGGGCCUGUGCAUGUCGGCGCCGCCGCGGGCCGCCGCCGACCCGCUCAACUGGGCCAAGACCGCGGAGGAGCUCGCCGGGAGCCACCUGGAGGAGGUGAAGAAGAUGGUGGCGCAGUUCCGCAUGCCGCUGGUGAAGAUCGAGGGCGCCACGCUCGGGAUCGCGCAGGUGGCCGCCGUGGCCGCCGGCGCCGGCGAGGCCAGGGUGGAGCUCGACGAGUCCGCCCGCGGCCGCGUCAAGGAGAGCAGCGACUGGGUCAUGAACAGCAUGAUGAACGGCACCGACAGCUACGGCGUCACCACCGGCUUCGGGGCCACCUCCCACCGCCGCACCAAGGAGGGCGGCGCGCUCCAGAGGGAGCUCAUCAGGUUCCUGAACGCCGGCGCCUUUGGAACUGGCACGGACGGACACGUUCUGCCGGCCGAGGCAACCCGCGCGGCUAUGCUCGUCCGCAUCAACACCCUGCUCCAGGGUUACUCCGGCAUCCGCUUCGAGAUCCUUGAGGCCAUCACCAAGCUGCUCAAUGCCAAUGUCACGCCAUGCCUGCCGCUCCGGGGCACGAUCACCGCUUCCGGUGACCUUGUGCCGCUGUCCUACAUUGCUGGCCUCAUCACCGGUCGCCAAAACUCUGUUGCGGUGGCCCCUGAUGGCAGCAAAGUGAGCGCUGCUGAGGCAUUCAAGAUCGCCGGCAUUGAGCAUGGGUUCUUCGAGUUGCAGCCCAAGGAAGGCCUUGCCAUGGUGAACGGCACGGCCGUGGGCUCUGGUCUUGCAUCGACCGUGCUGUUUGAGGCGAACAUUCAGGCUAUCCUUGCUGAGGUCCUGUCUGCCGUGUUCUGCGAGGUCAUGACCGGCAAGCCGGAGUUCACCGACCACCUGACCCACAAGCUGAAGCACCACCCUGGACAGAUUGAGGCGGCUGCAAUCAUGGAGCACAUCUUGGAAGGAAGCUCCUACAUGAAGGAGGCAAAGAAGCAAGGCGAGCUCGACCCAUUGAUGAAGCCAAAGCAGGACCGGUACGCGCUCCGCACAUCACCGCAAUGGCUCGGGCCCCAGAUCGAAGUCAUUCGCUUUGCCACCAAGUCAAUUGAGCGUGAGAUCAACUCUGUCAACGACAACCCGCUCAUCGAUGUCUCCCGUGGCAAGGCGAUCCACGGUGGUAACUUCCAGGGCACCCCCAUCGGUGUCUCCAUGGACAACACCCGUCUUGCCAUUGCUGCUAUUGGCAAGCUGAUGUUCGCGCAGUUCUCAGAGCUGGUGAACGACUUCUACAACAAUGGCCUGCCGUCCAACCUGUCCGGUGGCCGCAACCCGAGCUUGGACUACGGCUUCAAGGGCGCAGAGAUCGCCAUGGCUUCCUACUGCUCUGAGCUGCAGUUCUUGGGCAACCCGGUGACCAACCACGUCCAGAGCGCGGAGCAGCACAACCAGGACGUGAACUCACUUGGCCUCAUCUCAUCCAGGAAGACUGCCGAGGCCAUCGACAUCCUGAAGAUCAUGUCCUCCACGUUCUUGAUUGCUCUGUGCCAGGCCAUUGACCUUCGCCACCUCGAGGAGAACAUGAAGACAGCGGUGAGGAACUGCGUGAUGCAGGUGGCCAAGAAAACCCUGAGCAUGAACGCCAUGGGCGGCCUCCACAUCGCCCGCUUCUGCGAGAAGGAUCUGCUCACCGCGAUUGACCGCGAGGCGGUGUUCGCGUACGCCGACGACCCGUGCAGCCCCAACUACCCGCUGAUGCAGAAGCUCAGGGCUGUGCUGAUCGAGCACGCUCUGGCCAACGGCGACGGCGAGCGCGCCCUGGAGACCUCCAUCUUCGCCAAGGUCGCGGAGUUCGAGCAGAACCUCCGCGCGGCGCUGCCCAAGGAGGUGGAGGCCGCACGCGCGUCCGUGGAGAACGGCACGCCGCUGGCGCCGAACCGGAUCAAGGACUGCCGCUCUUACCCGCUGUACCGGUUCGUGCGCGAGGAGCUCGGCACGGAGUACCUGACAGGGGAGAAGACGCGGUCGCCAGGGGAGGAGCUCAACAAGGUGCUCGUGGCCAUGAACCAGCGCAAGCACAUCGACCCGCUGCUCGAGUGCCUCAAGGAGUGGAACGGCGAGCCCCUGCCACUGUGCUGAUCGAGCUGAAGAAAAGGAAAAAAAGAAAAGAGACGUAUAUCAAACUGAAUAUACAGCAUUCCAUGGCAGUGAAGAGGAGGUUAAGUUCCUGAUACAUUUAGGUGAAGAUACUAUCUAUGUUUCUUUGUAGUUUAAAGUUGAUGUUAUUGUUGCUGUUUCACGCUGCUGCGAUGACAGCAGACAGCAGGCAGCUUCUCAAACUUGUGGUGUUGUAACUUGUACGAUGAUGGGGGAUUAAGUACAUUAUUUUGUUUCAUAAUAUAUACUCCGUGCUCUCGCCUUUCUUUCU